GGGAGUGUCUGCUUGCGGCCACCGGUCGGUCCUUUGGCUGCUACCGCCGCUAUCUGUGCCGCCGCCCGGGCUGGGGAGUUCGGGGAAGCUCUGCGCUCAGAACCAGCCCAGUGUUCCCGCUGGUACUCAGGGUAUCAGCUCCUGGAGGACUCACCACCCUGACCUGUGCUGAAGCGGGAGUUGCUUCUGCCUGUGGAGCGGCGGGGACCGCCCCAGCCCCCAUUCCCCUUCCUGACCCCUUCUUUCUACUGCCCCAAUCAUGGGGAACGCGGCAACCGCCAAGAAAGGCAACGAGGUGGAGAGCGUGAAAGAGUUUCUAGCCAAAGCCAAAGAAGACUUCUUAAGAAAAUGGGAAAAUCCUGCUCAGAAUAAUGCUGGCCUGGAAGAUUUUGAAAGGAAAAAAACCCUUGGAACGGGUUCAUUUGGAAGAGUCAUGUUGGUGAAACAUAAAGCCACUGAACAGUAUUAUGCCAUGAAGAUCUUAGAUAAGCAGAAGGUUGUUAAACUGAAGCAAAUAGAGCAUACUUUGAAUGAGAAAAGAAUAUUACAGGCAGUGAAUUUUCCUUUUCUUGUUCGACUGGAGUAUUCUUUUAAGGAUAAUUCUAACUUAUAUAUGGUUAUGGAAUAUGUCCCUGGGGGUGAAAUGUUUUCACAUCUAAGAAGAAUUGGAAGGUUCAGCGAACCCCAUGCACGGUUCUAUGCAGCUCAGAUAGUGCUAACAUUCGAGUAUCUCCAUUCACUAGACCUCAUCUACAGAGAUCUGAAACCUGAGAAUCUCCUAAUUGACCACCAAGGUUAUAUCCAGGUCACAGACUUUGGGUUUGCCAAAAGAGUAAAAGGCAGGACUUGGACAUUAUGUGGCACUCCAGAAUAUUUGGCUCCAGAAAUAAUCCUCAGCAAGGGCUACAAUAAGGCAGUGGAUUGGUGGGCAUUGGGAGUGUUAAUCUAUGAAAUGGCAGCUGGCUACCCCCCGUUCUUUGCAGACCAACCAAUUCAGAUUUAUGAAAAGAUUGUUUCAGGAAAGGUCCGAUUCCCAUCACACUUCAGUUCAGAUCUGAAGGACCUUCUCAGGAACUUGCUGCAGGUGGAUCUGACGAAGCGGUUUGGAAAUCUAAAGAAUGGUGUGAGUGAUAUAAAAACUCACAAGUGGUUUGCCACAACCGAUUGGAUUGCUAUUUACCAGAGGAAGGUUGAAGCUCCAUUCAUACCAAAGUUCAGAGGUUCUGGAGAUACCAGCAACUUUGAUGACUAUGAAGAAGAAGAUAUCCGUGUCUCUAUAACAGAAAAAUGUGCAAAAGAAUUUUGUGAAUUUUAAAUAUGAACAACAAGAUGACAUCAGAACUCACGCUCAGUCUUUGCACUCUGUUGAGAGAGAGGGUGGAGCUGAGACGGUCCUUGUUGAAGCAGUUACCUAGUUCCUUCAUCACAGCGACUGAGUGAGGUCUUGAUUGCCAUCAUCUGUGUGCACUCUGCGUCCACCUGUGUCACAAGACACCGCUAAGCGAGCAUUGUCUGUGCCAUCACACAGAACUAGGCACUCUCCUGCUUCUCUUUGGUUCGCCUUUCUCCUCUCCACCUGCAUCCUUUUUCUUCCUUUUUCAUUCAUUAGUCUUUCUCCAAACAGUGCUCCAUUUUAUUUUGUUGGUGUUUGAAAAGGGCAGUGUUAUGGCUAUGUGAUAUUUGAAGGGAAGGAAAGUGUUCCUUCUAGUAGUUCUUGCCAAUAUUUGUGUUGGUCUGUGGCUCAAAGGUAGAAUUUCUAAUAAUUAUUCUUACUUUGAGUAGUUCAGACUCAGUUUUGCCAGAACUCUUUGACAGUUUUUGAAGAUAGAAUGUUUUAUUGUCAAGGAAAUAUAUACAAAUUUAAAAAAUAACUUUCUCAAAACUCACUGUUCUGGCAGUAAAUUUGGGUGGACUAAUAUAAAGUAGCUAGAGACAACAACAUAGGUUCCUGUAGAUCAAAGAUUCUAUUUCCCUCACCUCUUUUUAUAUCCUCCUCCCCUCAAAUAAUUAAGUGACCCGCCUGUGCAUUGCGACAAGGGCAUCUCAUUUACAGGAAAAACUAAUGAUAUGGGUUGUGAUCACCUAGACUCUGUCCCUUGGUGUCCAUAUUUCUGUAGGUAUUAGAGAAGAGUUCUCAGAUUCCUAAAUCUUGACUCUUCCAUAAGGGUUUUAGCCAGUAUUUUAAUAAAACAUGACUAAUGAAGUGACAAAAUUUUAAGUUUCUCAAAUAAGUCCUCAUUGUAAACUUUUUAAAGGGAAAGAAACUAAAUGUGGACAAAUACUUUGCUAAACCAAACAAAUGGCUUAAUGCUUGUGAACAAUAUAGACACACUUAUUUAAAUAAGGGUAUUCGUUUGUUUUUGCUCUGUUGUGUUUUGUCACAGUUGAGAACAAAGGAAGUUCUGGACAGAUUAUUAUUCCAGUGUACUAUACUGUGUGUCAGCCUGAGUGGAGGCGACCUUGGCUUCUAUCCUGUGCCUCGUCAGUGAGGAAAGGGGCAAACUUUAUACAACUGCCACAACUGCAUUUUCAUUUGAGGUGUGAUAUUUCCAGAUAUGUAAUAAUUUCCAGCCUCUCUUCUCUCAGUAAACAGAAUGUGUGAUCAUUGGAGUUUAAUUUUUUAUAUGUUCUUUUGCCAACUGACUUAAUAAUGUUCUGGUCAUGUGGAAAUUUCAAGCACUUUUGCACAUUUAGUUUAGUUUUUGUUGAGAAUUCAUGGCUUAACUUGGUUUUUUGAAAUAUUUUUAUCUUUGCUUUUAAAUCUUCCCAUCUGGUUUUCUCUCUGUGAGUCAGUGACCUAUCUUAAAAGAACACACCAAAAUAGUUGAAAAUAAACUGGCUCAUUUUUUAUGAUCAAUUUACAUGCACAUAGGAUGUAGUUUUUAAUCAUACUGAUCUUAAUGUGUACAAGUAUUUCAUCUGCUUCAUUAUCGGUGCGGGCAGGGCACUGACGCUCUUCUUUUUGUCUCCACUGCACCCUUGUGAACCCUUUGAAGACACUGAAACAGCCUGUCAGACGUUCUCUGGAUCGAUUGGUACAUCUUUUGGUUGUCAAGUGUUUCUGCAUGGUUAUGUCAUUUACAAGCUGGUAUUGAUUUCAGCUUUUGGUCCACCUAUAUUUAAAAUGUGCAAAAAAAAUGAACUACUUUGCUAUAGCAAGUUUUGAUGUAACAAAAAUAUAUCAUCAUGUUCAUAAACUUACAAAAUAUCAUUUGUAUAAAAUAUUUUAAUUAGUUUUUUUGUAUUUCAUUUAGACCCAAGAACACGCUGAUCAUUGUAUUCUAUAUGUAUGCUACAAAUUCUAUGGGAGCUUUGUUGUAUAUUAUUGUAAAAUUAUUUUAAUAAAUCAUGGGGAUGACAAUUUGAUUAUUACAUUUUAGUUUUUGGUAAUUAAAAAGAUUUCUAUGAAUUCUAAAAAUAUUUUUUUUAAUGAAAUUGCUACUGUGCAGCACAACUUGCUGUAGAAUCUAUCUGGGUAGAUGACGCCUACACAAUACAUUGGUUUUGAGGGCUAUUUAGCCAUUGCAUUUUACUCUGUAUUUAAAGGACAUGAGCAAGCUUUUAAAUAUAUCCAGGGAAUCUAUUUUCAGCCAAUCAAGUACACUGAAUUAGAAUAUCUUAAAAUUGUACAAAGUUUUCAGUUUCUGCCACAAUUUAGCCAAGAACAAUAUAAAAACUUAAAUAGAAAAUAAGUGGCAUGAAUCAGUAUUUAACCUCCAAUUACAUUAUUUGAAACAGAAGAAAUGAUGUUUUUAUUUGGUAAAUAAGAAGAUGGCAGUGUGGAGGAAAGAGCCCUAGACUGAAAGUCCAGACAUCGGAGUUUCAGGCCGGCCUGUCACUACCUGCAGGACCUCGGCUGCAGGCCUCUCGGCUGUAACAUGGAAAAGUUCCAUCAGGCAGUUUCUAAAGUCCCUUCUAAUGUUCACAUGUGAUAAGAUUCUUUUUAUACCAUUCUGAAGGGAUAACAUGUUUGAAGUAAAUCUUGUUAAGAUGAUCUUUUAGGGCAUCUCUCUUUCUUCCAGUGUUCAUAAAAUUCUUUGAAUAUCAUGAAAAGCUCAUGUCUGUUUAGAUUCCCUCCUCUUUCACUGAUGCUCAAUAUCCAGUUAAUAUCAAACUGUCAACCUACCAAAAAAAGAUAUUGUGGCUUGUGGGUGUUGCUCUCAUGUUUUUGAUAUGUUCUUGUACUGACUGCCCAUUGGCCUGAAAAUACUCAUUGUAAGCUUGAAAAAUAAUCAUUUUUCUUUCCCACUGAUUGUUUUUUCUGCUCGUUAUAAGAAUCAAAUGAAAUAAUGUAUGUGAAAGCACCUUGUAACCUGUAACCUAUCAAUGUAAAAUGUUAAGGUGUAUUGUUAUUUCACUAAUUACUUCUUUGUUUAGAAUGGAAUUUCCUAUGCACUACUGUAGCUAGGAAAUGCUGAAAACAGCUGUGUUUUUUAAUUAAUCAGUAACUGUAAAAUUAAAGUAUCUUCAAGGGAUGAAACAA